AUGCCCCAGUGCCGACCCCGGAUCCCACAAUACCUAAGUGUCCAGGCAAGCAUAGCGGUUCGAACGAAUACUACUUCCAGUAGAAACAACAGCCAGAGUCAAAAUAGCUCCUCGAGCUUCAAUUCCGAUUCCGCACUCUUCUGGACACCCGCCAAAAGUCUCCUGGUCUCCGCAGUCGCUGCGGGGUUGGGCUAUGGCUACGCCACGUAUAAUCAGACACCGCAGGCGCCCAAGAAAGUGCAAUAUGGCUCAAUGAAGGACUUCGAGAAGGCCAUUGCGGAAUUGCGCGCCAAACUCGGCGAUGACACAAUCUCGACCGACGAAGAUGAACUUCAGCAUCAUGGAUACUCAGAGUGGUCAAGCCUUAACGCAGAGCGUCUUCCAGUCGCCGUCGCAUAUCCCACGUCCACAGAACAAGUAUCUGAAAUCGCCAAGGUUUGCCAUAAGUAUCGAAUGCCCAUGAUUCCUUACUCCGGUGGCUCAAGCCUGGAGGCCAAUUUCUCCGCCCCAUAUGGCGGUAUGACUAUUGACUUUGCAUUCAUGAACAGGGUCUUGGAGAUCCACGAGGAUGACAUGGAUGUUGUGGUUCAGCCGUCGAUCGGGUGGAUGGAUCUGAACGAGAAGAUCAAAAGUACUGGCCUGUUCUUCCCUGUGGAUCCAGGCCCGACGGCUAUGAUUGGAGGUAUGGUUGGUACGAACUGCAGUGGCACAAAUGCUGUUCGGUAUGGGACGAUGAAGGAUUGGGUAAUUAAUCUCACGGUUGUUCUGGCCGAUGGUCGCGUCAUCAAGACUCGCAGGCGCCCGCGGAAGACUUCUGCAGGGUAUAAUCUGACUGGCAUGUUUGUUGGAUCGGAGGGUACUCUGGGCAUUGUGACUGAAGCCACUCUGAAAUUGACUAAUAUUCCCGAGGAUACUCGUGUCGGUGUCGUUGCAUUUCCCAAUAUUCGUGACGCAGCAUCGACUGCCAUGCAGUUGAUUAAGAAGGGUAUUCCUGUGCAGUGCAUGGAGAUUAUGGAUGAAGUGCAAAUGGAUGUCAUCAACCGGGCUGGUGGUACUAAGCGGACCUGGGCAGUGUCUCCCCAUCUGUUCUUCAAGUUCUCUGGUACAAGGGCUGGCGUCGCAGAUAGCGUGAACCUGACGACGAAGCUUGCAAAGAGCAAUAACGCGGAUGCCUUUGAAUUUGCCAAGAGUGAACAGGAGGCUCAUGACCUGUGGUCGGCCAGAAAGCAGUCACUGUGGAGUAUGAUGUCUCUGCGCAAGGAAGGCUCCGAGGUUUGGUCAACCGAUGUGGCCGUCCCCAUCUCGCGAUUGCCCGAUAUUAUUGAAAAAUCCAAGGAGGAAUUGGAGAGUCUCGGAAUGUUCGCUAGCAUUCUGGGGCACAUUGGCGAUGGUAACUUCCACGCAAGCAUCAUGUAUGAUCGCAAGGAUCCUGAAGAGCGUGAGCGAGUCGAGAAGGUGGUCUAUGACAUGGUGGACCGCGCUCUUGAAAUGGACGGGUCAUGCACGGGUGAACACGGUGUCGGCCUGGGUAAGAAGGGUUCACUGAAGAAAGAGCUGGGUCCGGAGACCAUCGAUGUCAUGCGCAGUAUUAAGCGAUCUCUUGAUCCUCACUGGCUGUUGAACCCUGGCAAGAUCUUUGAUUUUGAAAAGGAUGCUUGA